CGGUCACUCUACGCAUCUCCGCCAUUUUUAGCGUAGCUGCUGCUGAAAAUUUUCGCAAAGAAAAAAAGUUGUGUAUACAUAAGUAGAAUGUAAAUUUUUGUGCGAAGAAUACACUGACACGGUGAAAAGCAAAGCAAUUAACAAGUUAAUUGCCGCUAAGCGAGAUAAUCAGCGCUAGUGCGAGUAAAAGUGCCGCGCGCCGGUGGCUGCUCCGGCUUGAACAGACAACUGCUACGAAGCGCGUGUGCGAGAAAGUGGAAAAGUGCAGCAAACACUGAAGAGGAACUAGGUCGAAAUCAAAUUAGGCUCAGCUCGUGGCAACCAUGGCCGAUGUGGUCUUGGACUUGUACGCCGAGGACCUGGACAAGGACUUUGCCGGCCAGUCUCAGGACGAAUUCGGAGGCGACGGCGUUGAUCUCUACGAUGACAUUGGCGGACCCACCGAGGCGGCUGCCUCUGGGGGCGGAGGGGGUGGCACACCCUCGGUGGAUGGUGCAGCCGGACCAGGCUCAGGCGACUCUGCGUCGAGCGGUGGUGGCGGUCCCAACGGAGUGUACCAUCAGGGCGGUGGUAGCUUAACUCCAACCAUGAACCGUCGCUACCAGCUAUACGUGGGGAAUCUCACAUGGUGGACAACGGACCAGGACAUCUCCAAUGCACUGCGGGAGAUUGGCGUCAACGACUUGCAGGAGGUGAAGUUCUUUGAGAAUCGUGCAAAUGGACAGUCCAAAGGUUUCAGCGUCAUAUCUCUGGGCACGGAAUCCAGCUUGAGAGCCGUCUUGGAUCAACUGCCAAAGAAGGAGAUGCACGGUCAGGCCCCGGUGGUCACGUAUCCCAGCAAGCAAGCGCUCACGCAAUUCGAGAGUCUGCAGAAGACGAGACCAGUGCCGCCGCCGCAGCAGAAUGGUCCGCCACGCGGUCCAGCGCCACCCAACAUGGGUGGUGGCCCAAUGCCGCCACAUCCAGGUGGCCCACAAGGCGGUCCGCCCGGUCAUCCGCCACGCGGCAUGAACCCUAUCAUGGCGCCAGGCCAGUACCGACCGCAGCAUAUGUCGCAAGUCCCGCAAGUAGGACCCAAUAACGGACCUCCGCGAAUGCAGCCGCCAAUGCAUCCGCAGGGCGGUCUCAUGGGCAACCAACAGCCGCCACCCAGAUAUCCACAAGCACAGGGCCAAUGGCCAGGUCAGAGGCCGGGCGGGCCGCGACCAGGUCCACCAAACGGACCACCGCAACGACCAAUGUUCCAGGGACCCAUGGGUAUGCCUGUGAGGGGUCCGCCAGGUCCCGACUGGCGACGUCCGCCCAUGCACGGCGGCUUCCCGCCUCAGGGUCCGCCGCGUGGUCUUCCCCAAGCGCCGGGCCCAGGCGGACCGCAUGGCGCACCUGCACCACAUGUGAAUCCAGCUUUCUUCAACCAGCCCGGCGGUCCGAAUCAGCAUCCGGGCAUGGGCGGACCACCACAUGGCGGUCCAGGUGGGCCACAGCCAGGCAUGAAUAUGCCACCGCAACAGGGCAUGAAUAUGCCACCGCAGCACGGUCCACCGCCGCAGUUUGCACAGCAUGGACCACGCGGUCCAUGGCCACCACCGCAGGGCAAGCCGCCAGGGCCGUUCCCCGAUCCGCAAAUGGGCCCACAGCUAACGGAGGCUGAGUUCGAGGAGGUGAUGAGCAGAAAUCGCACCGUCAGCAGUUCAGCAAUAGCCAGAGCUGUAUCUGAUGCCGCAGCCGGCGAAUACUCCAGCGCCAUUGAGACACUGGUCACAGCCAUUUCGCUGAUUAAACAAUCGAAAGUGGCACACGAUGAGCGUUGCAAGAUACUAAUUAGCUCACUGCAGGACACACUGCACGGCAUCGAGGCGAAGAGCUACAAUCGACGGGAGCGUUCGCGCUCCAGGGAGCGUUCCCAUCGCAGCAGGCAGAGGCGUGAACGCUCAUCCUCGCGGUAUCGCGAACGGUCACGCGAACGGGAGCGUGAUCGGGAUCGCGAGCGUGAACGUGAUGGCGGCAGCUAUCGCGAGCGGUCGCGCAGCAGAGAACGUGAACGUCAGGCUCAAGAUCACUACAGGGAUGAAAGCAGCAGUCGCUCGGCUCGUCCAAGGAAGUCGCCCGAGCCCGUUGUGGCGGAAGCAGCUGAGGCGCCGUCAUCGAAACGCUACUAUGAGGAUCGGGAGCGGUAUCGCUCAUCGGAUAGGGAGCGUCGUGAUCGCGAUCGGGAUCGUGAUCGUGAGAGGGAGCGUGAUCGUGACAGGCGGGAGGAGCAUCGGUCCAGGCAUUGAUUGCUGGAGGAAGAGCGGCCAGUAAAAAGGAGGAAAAAGUAACACACACAUACACACGCAAAACUCUUAUUAACAAAACAAAUAAUGCCGCACGCUUUGGUGGAGUGGGUCAGUAGCCAGUGGCCGGCCGGCUGCACAAGCUAUACAAAUUAACAGAUUCUUCAAUUUGUAUCUAACAUUACCAAUACGUAGGAUAUGAAUAUGGCAUAUAACAUAGUUUCUCCUAGACAUACUAAACAAUAAGCCGAUAUGCUGACAAGCCUACACCAAUACCACCAAUGACGCAAGGACUGUCUCUACGAGCCUUCCACUUCCUCGAGGAGGAGCAUCCACAGCAGCAACACCAACAGCAGCAGCAGCAGCUAGAGCAGAGGAUGCGCUUUCGGCAGUCAUCGUGGGACACUUUUACGACACAGACGGGCAAUGGGAAUGGGAUGAUCAUCACACAAACUAAUACUUCAACCUGCCCCCUGCCCUCUUCGCAGCAGAAUUUCAAUAUUAUUGUACUCUAAUAUUUCGGUUUAUUUAAUAAAACAUAUACUUAUGAAAACAAAACAAAAAAAAUAAUAAUUGUUCGACGAAACCUUACCAAAACUGUCUUGCAUUGUGUGUCUUUUUGUAUUUUAUUAUAUAGUACCUAUAAAUAUUUAAAGAAAAAACAAAACAAAAAAACCCACCAAUAACCCCUAUUAGUUAAUGAAGUUAUAAUUGUACAACCAAAAUUGUAUGUAAAAUAUGCCAAAAUUGAUUGAAUUGCAUUGCACUGCUGUGUGCAAUUUGUUAUUGAAAUUGUUAUAUUAACAAAAUCAUAAUUUCUGAGGCCGACUGAGGCCAGCAACACAAAUCGUUAACUUAAAUGUAUUUUCACAAAGAUUUUCAUAGAUUCUUCUGUUGUAAACAUUCAUCAAUCAUUUGUUUUUAAAAUUGUUUUUAUUUAUCAUGUCAUAUUAUAUAUUUAAGUCGAUCAUUUUGCCGUGUGCCUCUGUCUCCGAAAGUGUGUGAAUGGAGCGACUGAUCUCAUCUGCCGCACAAAUUGCGGAACCCUAUUGAAUAUCAUGUUUAUAUAAGUAUAAGUUGGAUGGAGAUGGAUGGAUAUAAGACUAAAUUACUCUAUAAACGAAAUUCCUGAUCGCAUUUAGCGUAGAAAAUACUCUACUAACGCUCAAAUCGAACUUUUUUAUGUAGUUCCUAACAACAGAUCUGUGUUAAGCAUCUGUCUAGCAUUUUGCAUUCGUAUUGUAUCAUCUACGUUUUAGUUUUUGAUAUUAUUAGCUUUACUUUUUAUUAUUUUAUUUUCGACAUAUACAUUUUGUAAACAAAUAUUCAACUAAGAUAUAUUCAUGCCGCACUAACCCCUAGUUACAAAACCAAAGAAUUUGCCACCUCUGUUAACCAGAAAGUUAGGUUUACCAGUUCGAUGCACCUGUAACUCUCCACCAGGGAGAGGCCUAGGUUAUAGGGCUUCAAAUAUUACGAGCUUAACUGCAGAAAUUAA